UUGUCGGUAUCCUUUAAAGGAUGUUUGAAUUCUUCUGAUUUUAGAUUCCCCACAACAAACUGGAGCCACCGGAAACAUGGGCACAGUCAGCGGUAGAAACAAUCCUAUCAUUACUGCCACUGGUUCAGGUGAAGUUAGUGUCACUUACAACUUGUCGUCAGAUGGAGCAGGAGUAAAUCCACAGAGUCAGAAACCAGACCAAGUAUCGAGAGUGGGGGAUCUCAACCAAGAAGUCGGUAACAAGGCCAGGGACCUUUUAAGGAAAUGUUACAAGACAACGGGUAGCUAUGUUCAGUUGAACCCUGGGGUUCCCGAUGAUCAAAGACCCAUUGUUGGCAUUUACACUAAAUUGCGGGUUAGAACAAAGAAAGGUACUGUAGAAGAAGAAUACUCUGAGGAAACUGUAUAUUCCACAGAGUAUGACAAAAUAUUUAAAGAUUGGCCUGAAACUGAGUUCAAUCGUGCUAUUUUAUUUGGCAUUGGUGGUGUGGGGAAGUCAACCAUUUUUGACAAGAUUGCAUAUGACUGGGCUGAUGAGGCAUGUGAAAUCCUGAAAAGAUUCAAGCUUGUCUUUCUUUUAAAAAUGUAUGCCCUGUUUCAAGAAUCUGAUCUUGUUGAUUCCAUUUUUGAUCAACUUUUAGGCGUAAAGUCAGGAGUAGCCAAAGUUGAACUUGAUAAAUUCAUUCAGGACAACUCAAAUAAGGUCUUGAUACUUUUGGAUGGUUUUGAUGAAAUGAGGACCAAAACGCUUGAUGCAGCCUCAUUCGGGUCUACCCUAAAAGCGCUUAGUAGAACAGAAUACAGGGAUUGUUUCGUCCUGGUGUCAACUCGCCCCUCUCAUCUUGAGAAAUUGAUGUCAAAAUCACUUGUCCAAAAUCCUUGCACACACGUAGAGGUUCUGGGGUUUACCAAAGAGGAUGUUAAUGAAUACAUUCUGAAAUUCUAUUACAAAGAUCCUAUUAGUGGCAGUGCACUGAUCCAAAACAUUGAAAAAUCCAACACGCUGCUCGAUUUCUCCAAGAAUCCAAUGCUUCUCCUUCUCAUGUGUUUGUUGUGGAGGGAGAAAAAACAACUCCCCGAAACAACUUCACGCCUCUUCACUGAGGCAGUUGAUUACAUGUUCACAAGAAAAGGAUAUACAUGUAGCUCCGAAGAUGCAUCAAAAACAGUGAUUGCCAUAGGAAAAACUGCACUGAGGGGAUUCGUAAGUGCUGACCAGAACUUCUCAUUUCAAAAAGAUGAGUUUGAACAAAAUGCGCUGGACCUGGCACUGAAAGCAGGCAUCCUAACCCAGCAGAGAGUUAUCAAAAACCUCAAAUGUCACAACAACAUACAAUUCAUGCACAAGACUAUUCAGGAAUACUGUGCUGGUAAAUACUUGCAAAGUGUACAUAUGUCAAACCAGGGAUUUUUGUACAAAGUUUUUCCAUUCGGAAAAUUUCAAAACAAUUUAAGGCAACUAUGUCAGACAAUUGAGGGUGUCGUUUCAAAUGAUUUUCUUUUGCGUUUUUGUUGUGGUGACAAUGAAAAGUGCAUGACUGACAUUGUUAGAUUGCUUGACUGUAAAUUCAACAAGGAUCGACAUAAGCCCAUGUAUCAAUCACAUGUUAUACAAUUAAUUAGUCAACACUGUUUUUUUGAAAGCCAAUCCAAAGAGAUCCCACAAUGUCUAACCAGCAACUCACUCAUCCCAUCAGAUAUCAAGGUGGGUAACAAUAAUGAAUUCCGUAUUCUCAUAUGCCUUCUUAAAAUGAUCUGUAGGUCAGACAUCCAGGCACCACAACUCUCAUGCAUUGAAACCAUUUGGAUUUAUUCUGUGUCUUCGGUCAGUGGUUUAGCCUUUGCCCUGGGUUACAUGGAAAACCUCAGGAAUCUGAUGCUCUCCUGCUGUACUUUAGGGAAGGGUGAGCUUGAGAAAAUCCUGGCAUCACUGAAAUGCAACAAUCUCUUGACCAGUCUUAAAAUAUAUGAUUGCAAUACAUUGGGAGGUAGAGCUGUAGAAUGGGCCCAUAUCAAACACUUGACAAGCCUCGAGAAACUUGAAGUAAGGGAGUGCAAACUUCAGAGCACAGACAUUGAACACAUUGCCUCGGCUGAAGGUAACAUGCCCAAACUGACUGACUUGUAUCUUCAUAGCAACAAUUCAUUGGGUGAAUUUGCUGUGUUGUGGGCCAAGGAAUUGCCAAAAAUGAUGCACUUAAAUAAGCUGGAUCUGGGCAAUUGUGAUUUGACACAGUCAGACAUUCCACACAUUGCCUCGGCUGUAGGUAACAUGCCCAGACUGACUGACUUGGAUCUUGGUGGCAACGAUCCAUUGGGUGAAUGUGCUGUGUCAUGGGCCAAGGAAUUACCCAAUAUGAUGCACUUAAGUAAGCUGAACCUGAACUAUUGCGGUUUGACACAGUCAGACAUUCCACACAUUGCCUCGGCUGUAGGUAACAUGCCCAGACUGACUGACUUGCAUCUUGGUCUCAACAAGUCAUUGGGUGGAUGUGCUGCAGUGUGGGCCAAGGAAUUGCCCAAUAUGAUGCACUUAAAUAAGCUGGACCUGAACUAUUGCGGUUUGACACGGUCAGACAUUCCACACAUUGCCUCGGCUGUAGGUAACAUGCCCAGACUGACUGACUUGCAUCUUGGUGGCAACUGGUCAUUGGGUGAAUGUGCUGACUUGUGGGCCAAGGAAUUACCCAAAAUGAUGCACUUAAAUAAGCUGGACCUGAACAAUUGCGGUUUGACACGGUCAGACAUUCCACACAUUGCCUCGGCUGUAGGUGACAUGCCCAGACUGACUGUGUUGAAACUUGGUGACAACUGGGCAUUGCGUGGACGGCAUAAGUUACACUCCCUCUUCCCAUCACUUAGGGUUAUAUUUUAAUUCUCCCUCGCCAAGCUCGCUCUAGAAUUACAUGUACUAUGCAUAACAAUAUCAAAAUGAUAACAUUCUCCAUAAAAGGAAAUGAAAUUUACAAGAAAAUCAACAAACUUAGAGAGCCUAAUGUUUCAAUCCUAAGCAGGACCAUUCUCAAAGGCAAACAUUGUAAGACAUUCUUGAUGUAGGUCAGUAGGGUCGCACAGCAUGUAAGACAAUUAGCUGUUCACUAUCUACGUAAAACAAUAACGAAGAAUGUGAAGUUCAGGAAUUGUGCAAUGAAAAAAAACCACCAACAAACAAACAAACAAACAAACACCCCCAAGAAACCUAACAAAAAAACCCACAAAAACACAGAUAAUUAAAAUAUGUGUCAUUCUAGGAUGCCUGUUUGAAAUUUAAAGGGAAUAUACAACAUUUGCAAACUUAAAAAAAAAACUUCCAAAUUGUUAUGAAAAACCUUACUGGACUGUCAAUGAAUGACAGUCUUAAGCAUCCUGUAAAAUCAUGGCACCUCGUGUGCUGACAUUUUUAAGAAAAGUGGUAUUUUUGUAUCAGCGUUGGGAAAAAAGUGUUUUUUUUUUUUUUAAACUUCCCCCAAUUUAUUAUGUUUAGUUAGUCUGAAUAAUUGCAAUCCAUUACACACCUAUGAACAUCCAGACUACAAGAACAUGGUUGGUUUUGGGGUUUUUUUCCCUGCAU